AUGGUGAGGAAACUUAAGUUCCACGAGCAGAAGCUGUUGAAACAGGUGGACUUCCUGAACUGGGAGGUCACUGACCAAAACCUGCACGAACUGCGCGUGUUGCGUCGUUAUCGGUUGCAGCGGCGCGAGGACUACACGCGCUACAACCAGUUGAGCCGAUCCGUGCGGGAGCUGGCGCGGCGCCUGCGCGACCUGCCCGAGCGCGACCCGUUUCGCGUCCGCUCCUCGGCUGCGCUGCUGGACAAGCUGUACGCCCUUGGCCUGGUGCCCACGCGCAGCUCGCUCGAACUCUGCGACUUCGUCACGGCCUCGUCCUUCUGCCGCCGCCGCCUGCCCACCGUGCUCCUCAAGCUGCGCAUGGCGCAGCACCUCCAGGCCGCCGUGGCCUUCGUGGAGCAGGGCCACGUGCGCGUGGGCCCCGACGUGGUCACCGACCCCGCCUUUCUUGUCACACGCAGCAUGGAGGACUUCGUCACCUGGGUUGACUCGUCCAAGAUCAAACGGCACGUGCUGGAGUACAAUGAGGAGCGCGAUGACUUCGAUCUGGACGCCUAG